AUGAAUGGAAGGACCGAUUUGGGGACGCAGAAUGCAGAAGACUCACCAUUACUCCCUAACAUCGGAAUGGAUUACAUACCAACAGAAGAAGAAAGAAGAAUCUUUGCUGAAUGUAAUGGAGAAAGCUUCUGGUACAGAUCUGUUCCCUUUUCUGCAACUAGUGUGUUGGUUACUCAGGGAUUAAUUACUAAAGGAAUUAUUUCCAGUCAUCCCAAAUAUGGUUCUAUCCCUAAAAUUGCAUUUGCUUGUAUAAUGGUAUAUUUUGCUGGAAAAUUUUCCUAUGUGAAAAUUUGCCAAGAGAAGUUUAAACGACUUGAAAAUUCUCCUCUUGGAGAAGCUCUGCGAAUGGGACCAGGACAUCGACUUGCAUCACCUGGAUAUUUUUCACAAAAGUCAGAAUUUGAUUCAAAAAUGCCUGCGCAGUCAUCUUUUGGAACAUCUCCAAUUUCUGAAAGCAGUGCAAAAGGAGGUGAUUUUCCUCCUUAUGAGCCAGUUCCCUUCAGUGCUUCCAUGAAUGAAUCCUCUCUUAUUGGCAUUACUGAUUACAAUGCCAAAGGACCUGAUACAACUGUGGAAGAAAGUCCUAAGAGAAAAGUUGUUACAUAUGAAGAAUUAAGGAAUAAGAACAGAGAAACAUAUGAAGUAACCUUGUCACAAAAAGGUGAUACCCCACUUCGGUCUGUGCAAGAAAGAGCACCAAAAAAACAAGGGAAAGUAAACCAAUAUGGAGAUACUUGGGAUGAGUGAAAAAUUUUGUCAUCUACUGAAGAGAGUUUGCAUUGAGUCUACUGAAGAGAAUUUCAGCUAACCAGAGUCAUCUAGAUGGUCACAAGCAUCUGCAGGAAAGUGCAGAGGCAGAUUCCACAAGCAUAUUUAAAAGAAGAAACUUGCGUUUUUAGUAGUGUGGCUUAACAGAAGGUUUAAAAUUAAUUAUGGACUUUAAGGUUAAUAUUGUAUCAAUGUACAUACACCGCUUGGGAAAUUAGAUGAAUGAAGGCACUGGAGUGUGAUUUUAUAAUU